CUAUGGUUGCUGCAUACAAAAAAGUUUUCGGUAGUAUUCAGCCUGUGUUUGAUGGACAAAAAAAUGUUUAUACCAAAGAUCCACUUCCUUUUGGAAAAGAUCAAGUAGAAUUAGAAGUUAUAUUGCCCAGUGCUGGUAAAGAUCGUGUAUUUCGUGUUUUUAUUAAAUGGUUAGCUCAAAUAUCAUUAGUUGCUUUGGAAGAAUCAUUAGGAGGUCGCACUAAACAGAUUCCAUAUGAUGCAAUUCUGGCAUUAGAUGCAGUAAUGAGAUAUUUUCCAUCAAUGACCUACACACCAGUGGGUCAAUCAUAUUUUUCUUCUCCUGAAGGAGAACGUCAUUUAUUAGGUGGCGGUAGAGAAGUUUGGCAAGGUUUUCACCAGUCUGUCCGGCCAUCUCAUUGGAAAAUGAUGCUUAAUAUUGAUGUAACGGCAACAGUCUUUUACAAACCACAAUCUGUAUUAGAAUUUAUGUGUGAAAUUUUAAAUAUUAGAAUAUUAGAUCAAAAAAAACCAUUAUCAGGUGCACAAUUAGUAAAAUUUACUAGAGAAAUUAAAGAUCUUAAAAUAGAGGUUACACAUUGUGGUAAAAUUCGAAGAAAAUAUAGAGUUAUUAAUGUUACUAGAAAACCAGCUGAAUUUCAAUUUUUUCCAUUGCAAUUAGAAAAUGGCCGGACAGUAGAUUGCACUGUAACUAAAUAUUUCUUAGACAGAUACAAGAUAAAACUAAAUUAUCCACAUUUACCAUGUCUUCAUGUGGGAAAGGAACUUCGGCACACAUAUCUUCCUAUCGAGGUCUGUAACUUGUCUGCGGGUCAACGAUGUAUUAAAAAAUUGACUGAUAUGCAAACAUCCUCCAUGAUUAAGGAAACUUCACGCAUUGCUCCUGACCGUGAACAAGAGAUCAAUUCCUUAAUUCAUCAGGCUAAUUUGAAUAAUGAUCCAUAUGUAAAAGAAUUUGGUCUUACCAUAUCAAAUAGUAUGAUGGAUGUUUCUGGACGUGUUUUACCACCACCAAAAUUACAAUAUGGUGGAGGAACUUCACUUAAUCAGGAAGGAUUUAAUAACCAACAAGUAUUGCCCAAACAAGGUGUUUGGGAUAUGAGAGGCAAACAGUUCUUUACAGGUGUUGAAAUUCGUAUUUGGGCAUUAGCUUGUUUUGCGCCCCAGAAAACUGUUCAUGAGAAUGAAUUAAAGCAAGUAGAACCUAUGUUCAAUUAUUUAAAAUCAACAUUCACUGGAUUACAACUAUUAGUUAUUGUUUUACCAGGAAAAACUCCAGUAUAUGCUGAAGUCAAAAGAGUCGGAGACAUUGUCUUAGGAAUAGUUACACAAUGUAUUCAAGCAAAAAAUGUUAAUAAACCAUCUCCUCAAACAUUGUCUAACUUAUGUUUAAAAAUUAAUGUGAAAUUAGGUGGUAUCAAUAGCAUUCUUGUACCAAGCAUUAGACCUAAGGUAUUCAAUGAACCACUUUUAUUUUUGGGUGCAUAUGUAACUCACCCACCUGCAUAUGAUGAAAAAAAACAAUCCAUUGCUGGAGUAGUUGCAUCUAUGGAUGCUCAUCCCAGUCGUUAUGCCGCUACUGUACUUCUCCAACAACACAGACAAGAAAAUAUUCAAGAACUUAGUUCUAUGGUCAAAGAACACCUUAUCAUGUUUUACAAGAGUACUGGAGGUUUUAAACCACAUAGAAUCAUAUUAUAUCGUGAUGGAGUACCCGAAAGACAGUUUUCUCGUGUCUUACAAUAUGAACUUACAGCUAUUCGAGAGGCAUGUGUAAAAUUAGAAGGAGAUUACAAGCCAGGAAUUACUUUUAUUGUUGUUCAAAGACAUCAUCACACUAGAUUGUUCUGUGCUGAUAAAAGGGAUCAAUGGGGAAAAUCUGGAAAUAUUCCUGCUGGUACAAUAGUUGAUGUUGGAAUAACACAUCCUAUAGAAUUUGAUUUUUUCUUAUGUAGUCAUCAAGGAAUUCAAGGAACAAGUCGGCCAAGUCGUUAUCAUGUUUUAUGGGACGACAACAAUUUUGAGUCUGAUGAAUUGCAAAUUUUAACAUACCAAUUGUGUCAUACUUAUGUCAGAUGUACACGCUCUGUAUCCAUACCGGCUCCUCUCUAUUAUGCUCAUUUAGCUACAUUUAGGUCUAGAUAUCACUUAACCGAAAGACAACAUGACAGUGUUGAUGGAUCACAUAAAUCUGGCCAUAGUGAAGAUAAAACAUCAAGCCUAAUGACAGAUGCUAUUAAAGUACAUGCCAAUACAAAGAAAGUUAUGUACUUUGCUUAA